AUGGCCUUCCAAGCGAGGGAAUUUACCUGGUACAAAAUUGUUUUCCAAGAUACCGAAUUUACCUGGUACUAUAUGACCUUCAAAGUUGGAAUCAACGACAACGCAGCCGGUCGCCUGGACAGCCUAAACGAGGAACAUUUUCUACAACGAAAGGCCAAGUGUGAAACAUUUCUGGAAAGAGCAGAAGGAAUUGACCCGGAAUCGCUGUCGGAAAAUGACUUCAUCAACCUCGAGAUGUUCAAAGAGGAAGUCAGGACAUACAUCGAUAACUUUGAAUACCUGAAGUUCUUCACCCCAAUCACGUUCCUCGGAGGGCCACAGCUCGGCUUCAAAUUGAUGGUCGAGAAGCAAAUGGUUCUGCAGAAUUACAACGAUUACCAAAAGCUGUUGGCUCGGUAUGGAGAAUUCCCGCGUCAGACGAAUGAAAUUUUGGAUAUCAUGCAGAAAAAUAUUGACACUGGUCUUAUGCCGGCUAACUGGUCUAUGAUUGGAGUCGUGGCGCAGUUAGAGGAGUUGGGGGGCCCUGUGGAGGACUCCGUUUUCUAUAAGCCUUUUCUGCACGCGCCCAGUUCCAUUGGUGAUCAAAGAACGACCUUGAGGGAGCAAGCCCAGGAAAGGAUACAGCAGGACCUCCUUCCCUCCUUCAGGAAAUUAAGAGAUUUUAUUGAGGAGCACUACAUCCCAGCGACCCGACCCGAAGUGGCAGCGUCGUCGCUGCCCGGCGGGGAGGGAUACUACCUAACCUGCCUCAAGUUCCACACGACGACGCAACUCACGCCCCAAGAGAUACACAGCUUGGGUCUCUCGGAGGUGGAGAGGAUCGAGGACGAAGUUAAGAAGACCGCCCAGGAGAUGGGUCUCGAGGGCCACACAGCAGCCGAGGUCUUCCAGGUGCUCAAGGACGACCCAGACCAGCGUUUCGGCAGCAAGGACGAGCUUCUCAACACCUACAGGCAGAGAAUUUACGGCGAUAUCUACCCCCUGAUGCACCAGCUUUUCGACACCGUACCUGAUGUUAAUGUGACGGUCGAGGGCGUGGACGAGCCCAACGCCAUCUACGCCUUCUAUGCGGAGCCCUCCAUGGACGGGUCUCGCCUCGGGACCUUCUUCUUAAACUCGUAUAUUUAUGAUAAGCAUAAGAAAUACGAGGUCACGGCCCUCGCCCUUCACGAGACCAUCCCAGGCCACCACUUCCACUCUGCCUACACCAAGAUGAAUCCUUCCACGCCAGAUUUUCGGAAAUAUAUCGACAGCACGAGGAUGGGCGACGUUCCAGCGAAGUUUCCCCUGCACACCGUUUUCGUCGAGGGCUGGGGCCUCUAUGCCGAGCUGCUGGGAGAGGAAUUGGGUCUUUAUGCCGACUCGUAUCAGAGGUUGGGCCGGUAUUCCUUCGAGCUCCUUCGCGCGAGCAGGCUUGUGGUCGACACCGGAAUCCACGCCCUCGGCUGGUCACGUGACAGGGCGGUGAGCUUCAUGUUGGAACACACGGGCAUGUCCGAAACCGCGAUUCAGACCGAAGUGAACCGCUACAUCACGUGGCCGGGCCAAGCGUGCUCUUACAAAAUCGGCGAAAUCAAAAUAAAAGAGUUGCGGCAAAAAGCUCAGAAUGCUUUGGGAAAUCUGUUCCGAUUGCAAGAUUUCCAUGGCGUGUUGCUGCAGUGCACAGGUCCCCUGAACAUUCUGGAACAGUGCGUCAACAACUAUAUAGAAAGGACGAUACCGACCAUUGACGAAGCCGAGGAAAACGGGAAUGGGAAUGACGAAGAAAACGGAGUUGAGGAAAACGGAGAUAGCUCUAGUCCGGGUGUUACAGAAAACGGUGAUAUGGGAGACUCAACUAAUUCAGAGAACGCAGGGGCCUCUUUGAAAUAUGAUGAAUAUCUUGCUGUGAUUUUGUCUGUGUCUAUAUUGCGCGUAUUGUAUUUAUUUAGAUAGUCAUAUUUUUGUUGCUAUGUAUCAUGUAUCCAAACCUUAUGUAUACGUUUAUUCACUGUAUGCGUGUUCUGUAUAUCACUUUUUCUCUUGUGUUUGUACAUUUGUCUCUCGUCCAACCUUGUAGCUAAUCACAUCAUAGUCAUGUAUUGUAAAAUAUUCCUUUCAGAUAUAUGCAAAUAUAUAUGUAUGAAAUAAGAUAUUUAUUUUACCUUCAUACCCUAAUGAUGCAAUUGUUUGUUUUUUUACCUAUUUGUUCAAUCUCCCAAACUAAAAACUAGUGCAUAGUAUCAUACAUACAGAAAAAAAUAUACAUAAGUGUAUAUGUUUUGUAUAUAAAGAUAGAUAGAUGGAUAGAUAGA